AUGAUACUGGCAGUGGAGCUGCGGUGUCACUGCAUCCAGACUGUCACAGGGUCAAUGUUGCCAAAACACCUGGCCAAUGUAGAAAUCAUUUCUAAGGGCCCACACCGCAACUCUGUGGAAAUCAUAGCAACACUGAAGAACAGCCAGCAAAUCUGUUCAGAUCCCUAG